AUGUUCUCAGCUCUUAUUACGAGGCAUGCGGUACCCACAUUGUGCGUUGCACCUCUAGGCAGGCCUCUGGUCCAAACGCGACAGAUUCAGUAUGAAGCAUUUGAAGCCAACUUUAACCAGGAUGAACUCGCAGAGGCUAGAAAGUGGCACAUGUCAUUCAGAGACAGCAGUCUACCCAAGGGACAGACAAGCUAUUCGCGUUCCAGCGGGCCUGGAGGGCAGCAUGUGAACAAAACUGAGACUAAAGCGACGACUGUCUGGUCCGUCGACGAGUUGUCAAAGAGUCUUCCGAAACUCGUCCACUCUGCAUUGAGAACGUCGAAAUAUUACUCUGGGAGGACCGACUCGAUCCAAAUCCAGGCUCAGACGCAACGGAGCAAGGCUGCCAACACGGAUGAGAACUAUGAGAAGCUUGCAGAGGAGCUGCGCAAGAUCUACAAGGAGCGGGUACCAGGAAGCACCAGUGACAAGAAGGUCAAGAAGUACGAAGCACUGGAGAAGUCAUUCCGGGAGAGUAGACUCAGGUCGAAGAAGCAACAGAGCUCCAAGAAGGCAUUCCGCCAAGGCAGAGGUCGAGCUGAGUAG